AUGAUCGCGCGUGUCCUCUCCUCCUUCGACCGCUGCGAAGUGCGCAAAGGCGACAUGGGCAGGGUCUCCAUCGUCGGAGGCAGCCGCCUCUACACUGGUGCGCCCUUUUAUGCCGCCCGAGCCGCCGUCCGUACCGGAUGCGACUUGGUGUAUAUUCACUGCGAUAGCCCAAGCGCCCUGCCGUUGAAGACUCUUCUACCCGAAGCCAUCGUCGACCCUUUCGACGAAGUGAACAAAGCUUCGCCCACCUGGCCCUGGCUCAGCAGCGAAACAUCUAAGCCGCACGUCGGCACCUUCCUCAUCGGAUGCGGCCUUGGUAAAGAGUCCUUCGCCAGAGAAAUGAUUUGUAGACUCAUACGGUUAAGGACCCUUAGCGGCGUGAACAUCAUAUUUGACGGAGAUGCUUUGAGACAUUCUCUCACGCCGGAUUUGCUCAAGUGGAUGAUCGAAAAUCCUGACAAUAACUAUUACCUGACUCCGAAUGACAAGGAGUACCAACAUUUGUCGUUGCGUAAGGUGCACCGCGCAGCGAGAACUGUUUGCAAUGUUCUGGUGACCUGUAGUAUCGGACUUAACGCAUUUGCCGAACCACAUUUGCCUGUUGAGGAAAGGGAAGGACGACAUCAUUUACACCACGACAACAGCCUACCAGGUAGUUGUGCCGUCCCCGGGACCGGCCUCGAGGAGGCCGGGGGGCAUGGGGGACGUUUUGGCCGGCAUUCUGGCCGCGGUGACCUCCAUGACGUCCGAGAACGGAAAGCGGCUCAAAAUGAACCCGAAUAA